UAUGGUGUAUACUAGUUCAGCGAUAUAUACGUACUUAUAUAUACAUAUAUCAAUAUGGUAUAUAUAAUCGCUUUGUCGGUGAUAGCAGGUGCUUUAGGCCUUUAUUAUUUUCUCUUCAAGGAUUUAAAUUAUUUCAAGAAAUAUGGAAUACCGCAUGUGAAGCCUCUUCCCAUAGUGGGAAAUAUGGGACCAACAUUUGUGCGUCUUCAGUCAUUAGCCGGAUUGGUUAAAGAUAUUUAUAAUAUACAUCCUGAAGCCAAAUACGUUGGUAUGUUUGAUAUGACCACUCCAAUUGUGGUAAUUCGUGAUCCUGAACUUAUUAAAUCCAUCGCGUUAAAACACUUUGAUAUGUUCAUGGAUCAUCGUAGUUUUAUAAACGAAGAUCAAGAUCCUCUAUUCGGCAGAAACCUUUUUGCUCUUCGCGGAGAAAAAUGGCGACAAGUACGAUCUUUAUUGAGUCCAGCUUUUACAUCCAGCAAAAUGAAAAAUAUGUUUAAGCUAAUGUCGGACUGUGGUGUCGAUUUCAGUAAUUAUUUGGCGCAAUUGCCACCGGAGCAAAGAAUACUGCAGAUGAAAGACGUCUUUACGAGAUAUACUAACGAUGUUAUUGCUACUUGUGCUUUUGGUGUUAGUGUUGAUUCCAUGAAAAAUCCAGAAAACAAAUUCUAUUUGUACGGCAAAGAAGCAACUGUUUUUAGCACUUUUGCUUUCAUAAAGUUUUACAUCUUUAGAACCUUGCCUUUGUUGGCACGAUUGAUCAAUUUGAAAGUCAUUCGUCAACAAAUAGCAGAUUUUUUCCGAGACCUUAUAGAAACUACAAUAAAAACCAGAGAUAAGAAUGGUAUCGUCCGUCCUGAUAUGUUGCAAUUGAUGAUGGAAACCCGGGGUAAAGAGGGCAAAGCAGAAUUGACUACCGAAGAUAUGGUAGCACAGGCAUUUGUAUUUUUCUUUGCUGGCUUUGAUAGUACUUCAACGUUAAUGAGUUUUGCCGCUCAUGAACUCGUAAUAAACCAAGAUAUACAAAAAAAGCUUCAAGAGGAAAUCGACCAGGUUUUGGCAGAAACGAAUGGACAAGCAUCUUACGAAGCAAUUAAUGGCAUGGAAUAUUUAGAUGCUGUGAUCACCGAAGCUCUCAGAAUGUAUCCUGUUGCUGCUGCAAUGGACAGAAUAUGCGCAAAAGAUUUUGAACUACCGCCAGCAUUACCAGGAUUGAAACCAUUUAUUGUAAAGAAAGGACAAGGUAUAUGGAUACCGGCUUAUGGACUCCAUCAUGAUCCUAAAUAUUUUAAAGAACCAGAGAAGUUUGAUCCUGAGCGGUUUCUUGGUGAACAGAAGAAGGACAAUCUCAACUGCGGAGCCUACCUUCCUUUUGGUCUUGGUCCCAGGAUGUGCAUAGGUAACAGAUUUGCGUUGCUGGAGACAAAGGUUAUACUUUUUCAUCUAUUGGCUCGUUGUGAUUUGAAAAUCUGUGACAAAACGCCAAUACCAAUCAAAAUCGCUAAGGACAGCUUUAAUAUGAAACCUGAAGGUGGUUUCUGGUUGAAAGUGUUACCAAGAAAAGAUACGCAUCACACUCUUGCAACUAAUCUUGCAAAUGGAACACGCUAAAUAUAAAAUGGAAACAAUAGAAACUCAAAUAAACAUGAUACAGGACGUUUCUUCUAUAUAGCAAGAAGACGAUAAUGUUGCUGCGAGUUCAAGAAAUCACAAUAUUAAACGUAUUAGUCAUAUUAUCUUAUGUAAGUUUCUUAAAAAAUGACAGAAGAAA